AUGCCUGCAUCGUCGGCCGACAUGGCGGCACCUCACGCUCCAGCACAAAACUGGAGCUUUCGAGUACCAUCACCACCUCGAAUCAUCGUUCCACCUCCUGCUUUGAACUCCUACGGCGUACCAGAUCUUCAUGUUGUUCAAGAUGCAUCCUAUGACUUCGAGUCAAGCGGCUUCAAAAAUGCAGAAUUCCUUCAAACGGUCACGUACGGCAACUUCAUGACCAUCAACAACAUGCUGGAUUGGAAGUACGAACAACGGAGGAUGGCUCAGCAGAUUUUACCAUUUCUCUAUCUCGGACCCAUGUCAGCGGCGAAAGAUCGGAGAUUCCUACAAAGAGAAGGCAUCUCCAUGGUCAUAGCAGUACGCAACACCAUGUCCGCCCAAGCACAGCUCCUCGGAUCAAAAGCGGCGCAAGAGCUUGGGAUUGAUACAAAGAUGAUCGACGUGGCUGGAAAUCAAGAGCUGAUUGCAGCUUUCCCAAGGGCAAUCGAAGCCAUCAAUUCACAUCUAUCGGCAAUGUACCAGCAAGAUCAGUUCAGACGCACACAAACAGCGGCUACCGGACAUGAUCACCUUCAAUCCACACCUGGGAGGGUCUUGGUAUUCUGCGAGAGUGGGAAUGAGCGCUCAGCCACACUUGUGACGGCAUACAUCAUGGCUAUGUACGCUACAGACUUGAUCAAAGCGAUCCAGAUCGUUCAGGCUCAACGAUUCGCUGUCGCGUUUGACGACUCACUGAGAAACCUCCUUUCGACAUACGAGAUCAUCCUGAAGGCAAAACGGGAUGUCGUGCAGGCGGACAAUCGAUUGCUCGGUGUGCCUGGAGGGGUUAGAGAUCCAGGCACCAGCGUAGGAAGUGAUACUGGGGCCAGAAAAGGGUCGAAGAGAACGUUUGAUGAUACUCACGAUGAUGAUAUGGAGAUGGAUGGGGGAAAUGUACACCUGGACUAUGGCAGGUUUGAGAUGAGGGAUGGCUCUGCUCCAUUCCAGGACAGACCCAUCUCCUGA